AUGGCCUGGUGGCGCCUGGCCCUCCUGCUGAUUGGAGCCCUCCUGGCAGUCUCCAAGCCAGUACUGACCCAGCCAGAUGCACUGUUGGUGUUCCCAGGCCAAGAGGCCCAAAUCUCCUGCAUGCUCAACCCCCGCCACGCCACCAUCGGGGACUAUGGCGUGUCUUGGUACCAGCAGCGGGCAGGCAGCGCCCCCCGCUACCUCCUCUACUACCGCUCAAAGGAGGAUCACCACCGUUCCCCAGACAUCCCUGACCGCUUCUCAGCAACCACGGACGCGGCCCAAAAUGCCUGCAUCCUGAUCAUCAGCCCCGUGCAGCCCGAGGACGACGCAGACUAUUACUGCUCUGUUGGUUACAUAUCCUAG